ACGCACGCGCUAAGGCACAUCCUCUUCCGGGCAACAUGGCGAUGGGGCUGAUGUGCGGCCGCCGGGAGCUUCUGCGCCUGCUGCGACCCCAGCGUCAGUUCCACAGCGUAGCGGGGCCCUCGCAGUGGCCUGGGAAACCUCUGACCGCCGAGCUCCUGUUGCCAGCCCGCCCCUCCAGUGGACGCCCGCGCUAUGUCGUCCUCGGAGUCCCCGGCCCGCGCUGCCUCAGUGCUUCUGCUGUCUUGUUUGCAGAAGCCCAGGUUCAGGCCCCUCCUGUCAUUCCUGCAGCUCCAUCACCCACACAAGUACCUGAGGUGGCUUCUGGACAGACCGCUGACGUGAUCCAAGCUGCUGUAGAACAGAGCUUCACUGAACUGGGGCUGGGAUCAUAUACCCCAGUGGGAUUGGUCCAGAACUUACUGGAAUUUAUGCAUGUUAACCUGGGCCUUCCUUGGUGGGGGGCCAUUGCUGCAUGUACAGUUCUUGCCCGCUGCCUGGUUUUUCCUCUCAUUGUGAAGGGCCAACGGGAGGCAGCCAAGAUCCACAACCACUUGCCAGAGAUCCAGAAGUUCUCCACUCGAAUCAGAGAGGCCAAGUUGGCAGGAGACCAUGCUGAGUUUUACAGGGCCUCCACGGAGAUGACACUUUACCAGAAAAAGCAUGACGUUAAACUCUUUAAACCACUCAUUUUACCUCUGACUCAGGCCCCGAUCUUCAUCUCCUUCUUCAUUGCCUUGAGAGAGAUGGCCAACCUUCCCGUGCCCAGCCUGCAGACAGGUGGCCUCUGGUGGUUCCAGGACCUUACAGUAUCUGAUCCCAUCUAUAUAUUACCACUCGUAGUCACUGCUACAAUGUGGGGUGUCCUUGAGCUAGGUGCUGAGACAGGUGUCCAAAGUUCUGACCUUCAGUGGAUGAGAAAUGUCCUCAGAGUGAUGCCCCUGGCAGUCUUGCCCAUUACCAUCCAUUUCCCUACGGCGGUGUUCAUGUACUGGCUUUCCUCCAAUGUGUUUUCCCUGAUACAAGUCUCCUGCCUUCGGAUUCCAGCUGUACGCACUGCACUUAAAAUCCCCCAGCGUGUUGUGCAUGAUCCUGACAAAUUACUUCCACGGGAAAACUUCAUAAAGAGCUUCAAAAAAGGCUGGAAGAAUGCGGAAAUGGCACAUCAGCUACGAGAGCGUGAACAGCGCAUGCAAAAUCACUUGGAGCUGGCAGCCAGGGGUCCCUUACGACAGACCUUUGCCCACAACCCUCUGCUACAACAUGGGAAGAAUCACCCUCCCAGCACUCCUGACAGCAGCAACACUAGCAGCAAGAAACCAAAGUCAAAGCAUCCCUGGCGUGACACGCUUGGCUGACUUGUGUUCCCUGCUCAUUCAGGCAGGAACUCUGUCUCUUCAAAGACUCAUCCUCGAAGCAAGACAUGUUCUGCUUUUGUCCUCUAACAGGACAAAGAUGAUGUGUCCUUGUGCCAGACCUAAGAACUGGAGGACAUGGAAAUGUUUAUUUUUAAUAGACUCCACUACAGAUUUACACCUGUGUGAAAGAGAACACUAGGGAACCAAGUGAUCUUCCCAUCCACAGUUGGUAAACCUCUAUACUACCUGCUACUUUCUGAUACUUAAUAGAGGGUACCAUGCUUCAAAGAUAAGGAGUAGGUUGGUUCAUGAUUGCCCUUGGCCCAUGUUCUUUAUGAGUGUCUUAAUGUUAUAACUUGGCGUUAAGUACUUAAACCUCGAACCAAUGUCUGUGUUGUUCCUCCACUUUUGUAUCGCAGUCAUAGGUAUGACUGAUAAGCCGAGAUUGUGUCUAAAUAUAAUAACUGCAUUUUUA